GUCCGAUUUGACAAAAACAAAGAGAAAUAAUGAACACUACAUCUUUUUCACCAACAGGUUUUACACUUAUCACCUUACACAAAAUGGAUUUGAAAAAUCAACGCCCACCAUCUGAUUUCCCAAAUUCAACAUGGUUACCGAAUAAAUCAGACUAUAAAAAUAAUUUAAUGAUAUUUACCUAUUUUUUGAUUGAUCUAUUCAGUUGUACAAUAAUGAUUAUUGCAUUGUUUUAUGUAUGGUAUCCACUUGGUAUUGAGAAGAAAAAGAGAAAAGUUAUUUCAGCUGUUUAUGAUAUCCCAAGUGUAAAUAAUUUGGAAUAUUAUGGAUUAGAGCAUAUAAAUCUUUGUGGAACAACAAAAAAUCGAUUUCAACCAAAUGAUUCAAUUAGUUCACCUCAUUCUGUUCCAUCGUCUCCUCGUCCUUCUGCUCCGCCACAGCCACCUACACUUCCAAAAACACCGACGACGACGACAACAACAACAACUACGAGUGCAACACCGACUAUACCGAAACGACGUAUUAAAAGAUUUACGCAUACAGUUGGUAAGACGAAGAAGACAACUUCAAAGAUUACUUCAACAGACUAA